AUGGGAAAGAUAACUAAGACCAUGCAACCAAAGCAUAAGGAGACUUUGUCGCCUUGGCUGAAGGAAUAUGUACAGUCGCUUUCUUCCGUCCCGCUGCCUCUCCUCCCGAAGAACCUCGACACCUUUCCCACAAGAUGGCCGUUCCCGCGUGGCGAUCUAUAUCACUGGGUACCUUUACUAAACCGUUUCGACAACAUCUUGGAGUCAUUCGUCGCAACGUACAACUUGAGCGAUGGACCGCAACUCAAAAAUUUCGGGUGUGAACUAUUGCUCAAGCGUAGCUCGACUGUUGAGUUUCACGAUGAUCAACCCUGGAACAUGGAGCGCCUGGCGGAGCUCGGCUACGGACAGGAUGGCGACAGCCAACUCAUUAUUGCCAUUUUGAAAUUCAGCCGGAUGCUCUUGGAACAUUGUGGCAACCGAAGUAUCUACGGCAGCAGCUCGCAUCUCAACGAUCUACUCCACAGCACAUCCCUCACAGUGGUUCAUGCCACGCUCGAGGUUGGUGUCGAGUUGGCUCAGCGCUAUCAAGCGUCAGUCAAGCGUAUGACCGUCCCGUCCCGCCAGGUCAGCAGCGCUUUGCUUGCCAACCAUUACAACAUCGACCUGAAUCGAGUACAACACCUGGCGCAGCCUUUUAUGAAGACCCCUAUCAUCAGCUUUUCGGAUCCUGCACCGCAAACGACGCCGACUGCUUCUGCUAGCAAGGGAAAGGAGAAGUCUCAUCAAACCAUGGCUAAGAAUGCGGCAUCCAUGUAUGCUAACGAUUUGGCUAUUGCCUUGGCGCUAUUGGAAGCAAUUUCCAACUUCCAAUCCAAAUAUUCCGACAUACUCUCCGCACUAAAUGCAAAUGUCAAUCAUGGUGUCCUUUUGUACGUAAUUCGCAAGGCGGUCUCAGAGAUGAAGGAGGAUUCCGGUGAUAUUGACGAUCGAAUCACCGAGUCCGAUGACUGGAGAAAUAACCUUUUCUCGCUUACCCUACAUAUGGCAAUAGGUUCUCGGGUUGGCAAUGAAAUGAUAUCGGCAGGGCUGAUGGAUGUUUUGGUCGAUAUUCUCAACAUGCGCUCCAAGUUGGCUGACAGGAAUCAUUCCAUGGUCCUUGCCUUCCUGGAUGGUCUAAUCUACCAUUACCAGGGGGCCUUCCAGUCCUUUAUCAACGCAAAUGGGUUGGACAGCAUCGCCGAAUUGAUUGUUGACGCUACAUCAGCCGCCACAAGCUUGAUGGAAGCUGGCCAAGGCACCAAACAAGAACUGCAUUCGAGCGUGGUCGACUAUGACAUUCCCUUCUACCAACAGCAAACUCUGAAGUGGCUGCUGAAAUUUAUCCAUCAUAUUAUGACGAACUCUUACUCGUAUGGUGGCAAUACCGAUCGUUUAUUGAGGAACCUUGUCGAUAACUCGCACCUGCUUGGCAGCCUUCGUACCAUCAUGGAGCACAUGAAUAAAUUCGGAUCUGUUGUGUGGACAAACUCCGUCACAAUAUUGAGUGACUUCAUCAACAAUGAUCCCACAAGUUUUGCUGCAAUAAUGGAGUCUGGCAUGAUUAAGAGCUUCCUGGAAGCUGUCACAGGCCGUCCCGUUCGGGUUGAGCAGCCCAAUGAGCGCAAAUCUACUGAGCCGAGAAACGAUGAAGAUGGGGAGUCCUCGGACGAGUCAGACGAAUCCGUGGUGCUGGACUCUGAUGACCGCCCUCAUCCGCCCACAUCCGCUAUCCUCGAGGCUCCUCGCGAUGGUCCCCUGGCACAAGGCAUUCUCCCUUCUGCUGAAGCCAUCAGUAUCAUUCCCACCGUUCUAAACUCCAUCUGUCUGAACAACGUUGGAAUGAAGAUGGUAGUUUCCUCGCGGGCUUUUGAAAGCUUUUUGGAGAUUUUCGAGAGUCCAGAACACCUCAAGUCCAGUCAAUCUGAUCCUGACCUUGCCGGAAAUGUUGGUAGUAGUUUCGAUGAGCUCGCUCGACAUCAUCCGUCCUUACGACCAGCCAUAGGUAACGCAGUCCUAGACAUGGUUGCCAAAGUGAAUCAUCUAGGCAAAAAGAAGGCUGUCACAUCCGGAUGGGGAACCAAGCUGCUUGUCACAGGUCCAGAUGGCAAUGUUGUACAGGCCGAUAAGCUCAUGGUCGCAAGCAGCGCUGGCGAGGCCCCAUCGAUAAAAGGCAAAGAAAAGGCUACGACGAGCGAAGACAUUGAAAUGACAGAUGCUACCCAAGUUGCCUUAGACCUUUCGGCAUCGCAAGUCAUUCCAGAAGAACAAGUUUCGACCGCCUCAACUUACAAUGAGAUCACACCGUACAUCCUGGCUGUCGCUACUUUUCUCUCCUCGUAUAUCGGAAAUUCGAGCCUGAAGGCCGCCUUUGUCCGAGACGGUGGCAUUGAGCUGCUCCUGGAUCUGACUGAAUUGCCUAGUCUCUCAUACGAGUUUGGGGAGACCGCUGCGUCUCGCACUUUGCAGCAUGUGAUAUCCCAACUUAUCGAGCACUCUCCUAUCAUCGGAUUGCCAUCUCUCAUGAACCGAACCCAGGCGGCAAUUGAUGCACUGGCCCCCUUGGUUUCGAACCAAAACUCACACCCAUACUUUGCGCCUUUUCUGUCCUCCGACUUCUCCCUUGCAACGGCUGAUGGGAAUUGGGACGCUGACGCGGUGGGUAAGGUUGCGGAUGGAACUGGUGUCGUAAAGGCUUUACUGAACACUCAGUCUUUGAUAAAGACGCUCUACCAAUGCUUCCCUUUCUCCAAUCGACAGUCGACUGUAACACUGCACCCAGUCAACGUAUUCGAUUAUUAUAUCAGGGUGAUCAAAUCUCUAGGGCCACUGCUGCAGGCUGUGUUGUCCGAGGAGAUGUCAAUUGUUGGGCUCGUUCCUCAACAUUGGUCGUCUCGGAAGCUAUCAACCUCGCAAGAUCCGCCUGGUGCACCCACAACUACUACGACCAGUAGUCUACCGGCCGAUGGGGAUGUUGAGGACUCGACUAUUCCUGAUGUUAUUGUUGCCAGCCCCGGCUCCAAGCCUAAUGAAGAAACAGUUUCCAAUAAACUCAAGCGUCCGACGCAACAGGAACAGUCAUCCCCGCAGUACCGGAAUUACCAAGUACUGCGUGUUCUACUCCAUUCUCUCAUGCCGACUACUUUUCCCUUCUUCCAGACUCUGGGCAAAACUCUUCUUCCACGUCGGGAACGUGAUGCCUACUGUCGAGCAAAGCACAUGCAGAUUGCUGAUGCACUCGCAGCGACUGUUCUGGAUCAGAUAAAACCAUCCAAGGAUGAAAUCACGACCAAGGACUUCCACUAUUGGAUAGUUCUGCUUCACUCAGUCCAUGAGAUGCUCAUUGAUCCCUCAAGGCCGCAGGAUGGGGCUCUGUGUCAAGCCAUUAUCCCCGUUUUGAUUGCCUUCAAGGAACACGGUGGUUUUGAUACAUUAAAUACUAUGCUACGCGUCUUUGCAGAAGAAAUUACGAAAGAGCGAGCAGAAAAUGAAGAUGCUUCAAAAGCCAGGCUUGCUUCGAUAGGGAUGAAGAAAAUUCUCGACCUCUACGCCCCAAUCGUACACGGCAAGACAAUUAAUGUUUGCUUGACCAACGUCAGUAUGCUUCCUCGAGGAAUGGAGAGACGACCAGAAUUCGCCCAUGUCCCAACACAACUCAUCGUUGAAUUACGCAUGGCGGUUCUACCUGUCAUCAGAAGCCUUUGGGAGUCUAAAUUGGUCGAGAAGGCGUCCACUCAAAUCCUUACCAAAGUUGUAGACAUCCUGAAGACAAUUGCCAACGCGGACUUGGAAACUAACGCCUGGCGGAGGGGUGACAAGAAUCCGCCGCCACCCAUCUUCAAGAGAGAACCCGUUUCUUUCGCUUGGGCAGGAUACUCAAAUCCCCUUCAACGAGUUGCUGACGAAUAUGACGAUCAAGACCUGGUCCGAGAAGCGCUUUACCGCGCCAAUGGCGUGAGCGAAACAGCUGCUGAGUAUUGUCGAGUUCACCGGGCGGGUAUUGCUGGAGCUCGUUGUCCUAUUCCUGUGGAGGAUGCAUUCCAGCUCCCUCCUACGCCAGAACAGAGCGACACAAAGAAUCAAGCAGCAAGUCUUCCAGUGGCGGACCUGCUGGGGUCUGAAGCUAUGCUACUAGAUUCGAACCCUGAGUUAGACCGCCUACUCGGGGAAGCUGUAUUGGGUGAACUCAAUGAACGAUCGUCUCAGGAUUCUAUUGACAGCGAGGAAGAGGAGACUACUGAGUCAGCCCCCCCAGCCGCCCAUGAGAGCUCAGUCAUUCCACAAGAUAUUUCGCAAGAGGCUUCUUCUUCAGCUCAGGUUCAAUCUACGCAGGGUCAACCGGCCGUGACUAAGCAAGACCUUGAUAUCGAGCGAGGGAAGCUGCGUGAAGACCUAAUAGAUCGCUGUCUUGAGGUCAUUAGAGCGCACCCAGAUGCUGUCUUCGAGGUAUCAGAGCUGAUCAAUUCCUCUGUUCUCCGUCAUGAAGAGGAGGACAGCCGCCAGGAGGUUGGGGAAACCCUUGCCAACGCCUUGAUGUCCUUUGCCAUUGAUGAGGAUGUGAAGAAGUCCAGCGGACGCAGCAUUGCAGCUUAUGCGCACCUCUUGUCUCUCCUGUUACAGGAUUCUAAGCCUUUCUUCAAAUCUUGUCUAGAGACUUUGCGAGACAACGUAAGCGACUAUGUCAGCUUCUUGAAGAUAACGCCGGGCAAUGCCACCGAAGAACUGCCACCUUGGAUUCCAUACAUCUUGCUUAUCUUUGAGAUUCUGCUGGCGGAAGACGAGCAACCCGUCGAGGCCAAAUGGACGCCCCCAGCAAAUGAGAAUGCCACUAUUGAAGAACCAGUUCUACAAGUCAAGAAUCCUCUUGUGAAAGAAGAAGAUCGAGGCAUCUUGCUUGAAGCUGUACUCGACAUUCUGCCUCGUGUGGGCAAAGACGAAUCCCUGGCCAUUGCUGUCCUUCGUGUACUGAUUAUGUUAACACGGAACCGCAAGGUCGCCAGGACGGUCGGUGACAAGAAGAAUCUUCAGCGUCUCUUGCUCAUGGCAAAACAACUUGCCGGCUCAGGUUCCGGGCGUCUUAAGGAGACGAAGAUUGCGGGAGGCAUUAUGACGAUCCUCAGACACGUGGUUGAAGAUGACGAUACGAUCCGGCAAAUUAUUCGCUACGAGAUUCGCGGUUUCUUUGAUAGCCCUCAGAGAAAUGCGCGUUCUACAGAUCUCCACCACUACCUCCGGCAUCUUUCCCACGUCGUAUUGCGUUCACCCGAGCUCUUUGUCGAGGUCACCCACGAGAUGGUCCAAUUCUCACGCUGGAUCAACCCAUCGAGCGACGGGACAAGUUCGCGUGGGCUAACCCUGAUGUUGAAGGAGCAACUUCCAGAUGCGUCUUCCAUAUCGCUACCCACGGAUGAGUCUGUUGAACCUGCAGUCCAAGCUACGGAGGAUCUCACAAUACAUGACGUUAAGCCGUCCACUGAGAUCAACGACAAAGACAUUCUUGAAGGGGCUAAGACUGCACUAAGUGAAGCGAAGCGACCUACGGUAGAGAAUCCAGACGGUGUGAUCCAUUUCCUUCUCUGCGAGCUGCUCAAUUAUCGAGAUGUUGAUGACAGAGAUUCGUCUCAAACAACAAAAGAUACAAAGACCGGCGGCGAGCCCUCCGUCAAUCCAGGGAACGGCGAGCCAUCGACAGAGGAUGAACAAUCUGCCGAUGGCAAAGACAAGAAGGCAUCCAAGCCUCCAUUCAAAGCUGAAGACCACCCGAUAUUCGUAUAUCGCUGCUUCUUGUUGCAUUGCCUUGCAGAAUUGCUGCAAAGCUACAACCGUACCAAGAUGGAGUUCAUCAACUUCAAGCGUAGUGCGCCCAUGCUCACCAAUACUCCCGUCAAGCCUCGCUCAAGUGUGCUCAACUAUCUUCUCAACGACUUGCUCUGUAUGAGCAGUCUGACCAUGCCCAUGGACAGCAUUGCCUCCAAGAAGAAAGCAGCAACUUCAGAACAAGCACGGCUUGUUCUCGUGGCAUUAGUUACCAAGACGCCAGAAAAACCAAUAGACCGCAAUCGGGAGCGCUUCGCCUACGAUGAUGAGCCUGAUCUUCUCUUCGUCCGCAAAUUCGUAUUGGAUACUAUCAUCAAGGCCUAUAGGGAGGCUUCAACUCCCAACGAUCCCUUCGAUGUUAGGUACGCCAAGAUGUUGUCCCUUGCCGAGCUUAUGAGCGGCAUGAUUGGUGAGAAGGACAGGGAGUCUGCCAAUCCACGAAUUCCUGAAUCUGGCAAUAGCCGCUCCCAGUUACAGCUCAAGCGUCUCAUGUAUGAGAAAGGCUACCUUUCCGCGUUGACAGCAUCCAUUGCAGAUAUCGAUCUUACCUUCCCCGGCGUGAAGCGAACCAUCAAGUACAUCCUUCGUGUUCUCCGAGUCUUAACCCAGACAGGUAUUCAGCUCAGCCACUCCAACAUUCUCCCUCCUGGUCCCUUUGACAGCGUUGAUGAGGAAAUUGCUUCUGCGUCUUCACUCUCUGAUAUGGAAGAUGAUCGAGAGGACACACCCGAUCUUUACCGUAACUCGACCUUGGGCAUGCUUGAGCCUGGGAGAGAAGAUGAAGAUUUCUCAGAAGAUUCAGAAGACGAUGAGGAAAUGUACGAUGAUGGCUACGAUGAUGAACUGGACUACGGCGAAGAAAUGUCUGAAGACGGCGAGGAGAAUAUUAGCGACGAUGAUGAUGAAGAGCUCGGGGAAAUGGGCGAAAUUGAAGGCCUUCCAGGCGAUCCUGGUGUUGUCGAAGUCAUCAUGGGCGAAGACGAAGACAUGGAUGAAGAUGAUGAAGACGACGAAAGCAGUGAUGAUGAGGAUGAUGAAGGUUCGGAAGACAUGGAUGACGAUGAGGACCGUAUCGAAAUCGUCGAUGAUGAAGGCAAUCCUCUUGACGAUGACGGCGCGUCUGGUUGGGAGAGCGAGACCGAUGAUGAAGACGAUGAUGAGGACGACGAAGAUGACGAGUUUGACUAUGAGGUCGCAGCUCAAGGCCUUGACGAGGCCGCGAUCCAUGGUCUGGAGCGGGAUGACAUUGGCCGCUUGAAUCUCGUCCGCGCCGCUCUCGAUGAAGACUAUGACGGCGAGGAAAUGCCCAACUUUCAGGACCCUUACAUCGAUGAUGGUGGUGAAGAAGAUGAUGAGGAAGAUGAAGAAGAUGUCGAGGCUGAUGAUGAGGAGUAUAUCUAUGACCAGGACUAUCCUCGUGAUGAUAUCCCUCCUCCAAGCAUGCCAGCUGGACUUGGGUGGGACACAUUGGUUGUAGAACCCGGAUUCCCUCAUCGUCAUCGACAUGGAGGGAUGCGCAGCCCAUUCCCUGUUGCACCUUUCAUGCUCGGCGGACCUCGGGACCCAUUAGGUGGCCAUGGCCGUGAUCCGCGAUCUGAGAGCCGACGCGAUGCCUACCAGGAGCCUCAGCAUGCGGUCUCAUUCAAUGCAGAACAAACUGUGGAUCGAUGGCACGAGGAAGCCAGAAUGAUCUUUGGCCUCAACCAUCAUGAGAAGGCUGGGAAAAUGUACAACGUCAUCCUUGCCAAGCUCACUCCUGCUGCUGUUGAGCAGGAGAAGAAGGCAAAGGCCCAUGAGGCAGAACGCCGAAGAAAAGAGGAAGAAGCACGCAAGAAGCGUGAUGAGGCAUUGCGCAAAGAACGAGAAACCCGAGAAGCAGCCGAGGCUCAGGAGCGAGAGCGGAAAGAAGCUGAAGAGCGCGAGAGACAGGAACGCGAAGCAGCUGAGGCCGCUGAGGCUGCCGCCCGCGCGGAGGAGCAAUCCCACGAGGCUGCCAUGGAAGUGUCCGCAAAUGCAGAUUCGCAGGCUAUGGAAGGCAUCGAGUCCGGCGACAAUAUCGAACAGGAACAUCCCGAUGAUUCUACUGCUCAACUCCCUCGCGUCGUGACUAUGAUCAGAGGUGAGGAAUUCGAUGUUACAGAGCUCGGUAUCGAUCCAGACUAUCUUGCAGCCCUCCCUGAGGAGUUCCGAGAAGAAGUCAUCGCCCAGACUCUUACUACUCGACGAUCGCAAGCCCGUGAGGCAGCAGCUGAGCCCACAGGGGAGAACACAGAAGUCUUCCAAGAGUUCUUGGAUGCUUUACCCGAGGAACUUCGACUUGAGAUUGUCCAACAGGAGCGCCAGGAGCGUCGGCGUCUCGAACGCGAGGCACAGCGGCAGGCCGCAGUCACCGGACAAGCCGCUGCCUCUCAAGAGAUGGAUACUGCAAGCAUUCUGCUUACCUUCCCUCCUGACCUUCGAGAACAAAUUCUCAUGGAGCAAGGCGAAGACCUAAUGGAUCAGCUGUCUCCUGAAAUGGCUGCCCAAGCGCGCGCUCUGGCCGAGCGCGUUCGUCCGCCUCCGAGUAUGGCACGAGCUCGAGAGGUCGGCCGCCAAGCAGCUGUGACCACAUCUGGAUUCGACAACGAUAGACAAAACAAACCGCAGCGCCGUACAGUUGUCCAGAUGCUUGACAAGGCUGGCGUUGCGACACUACUCCGCCUCAUGUUCGUGAGUCAACAAGGGUCCAUUCGCAAUUACCUCUUCAACGUCUUCAUCGAUGUCUGUGAGAACCGACAGAAUCGUCUUGAGGUAAUUAGUACUCUUCUCCAGAUUCUUCAAGACGGAAGCACAGAUAUGGACGCCGUCGAGCGAAGCUUCAGCCAACUAUCCCUUAAAGCUAGACAGCCUAAAGACAAAGAGCCCAAGACACCGAAUAGUCUGAAGCGGACAUACACGAAUAUCAGCUCGAGCAUGCAUAUUCACAGCAGCUCAGAAAUCUCACCUCUUCUCAUUGUCCAGCAGUGUCUCGACUUAUUAGUGGAGCUCUCUGCUAAGAAUCCUCACAUCCCAUCGCUGUUCUUGACCGAGCACGAAAUAGUUGGGUCAUCGCUUAAGCGCACCAUGAGUCGCAAGGGUAAGGGCAAAGACUCUAAAGCGAACAAGUAUGCCAUCAACUCUUUACUUGUCUUGCUCGACCGAGAUCUUGUAAUGGAGAGCUCUUCAGUAAUGCAGCACCUUGCCGACCUCCUGAACAAGGUCACAUUCCCGCUGCAGGCUCUUGAGCGACGACGUAAAGAAGCCGAGGAGGAAGCAAAGAAGGCUGCCAAAACAAGCCAAAGCGUGAGCACGACAGCGCCCGAUGCUGGCACGAGCACAGAGCAAGCAUCAGCCACUGGUCAUACAGUCCCAAUUGUCACACCCUCAGGAGAUCAGACUUCAAGUGCUCCUGCUCCAGUAGAAGCUGAGAGCUCGAACCAGGACACUAAGGAAGCUGAUCAGAAGAAGACGCGCCAACUACAGCCUCCUAGCAUUCCAGAACACAACCUCAAGCUUGUCAUCAAGAUUUUUGUUGCAAGGGAAUGCAGCUCGAAGACAUUUCAAAACACGAUCUCGACGAUCAAGAACCUCUCAAACAUUCCUGGCGCUAAGGCUAUAUUUGGCAAAGAGCUUGUCCAUCAAGCCCGUGUCCUCAGCCAGAACAUCGUCUCUGACCUUGACGAGCUCUUACCACACAUUCUUAAGGCGGAGUCCGGAACAGAAAUCCAGGGUAUUGCACUCGCCAAGUUCUCUCCUGGUGCCUCAGAGCAAAACAAACUUCUUCGUGUCCUGACCGCCCUAGACCAUCUUUUCGAGGCGAAAGGCAAGAAGACAGAUGAGGCCGACCAAGCAGAGUCAAGCAAAGAGAACGAGAAAGCCGAUCUGCUUGGGUCAUUGUACUACAAUGCGACCUUCGGCAAGAUGUGGGAGAAACUCAGUCAGUGCCUGAGUGCUAUUCGGCAGCGCGAGAACAUGCUCAAUGUCGCAACAAUCCUUCUUCCACUGAUCGAGUCACUCAUGGUAGUGUGCAAGAACACAACACUAAACGAUGCGCCGCAAUCUCAGAGCCAAGUGAGCAAAGACAUGCUGCUUUCUAGUCCGCCUCCGGAGAAUCGCAUCGCUGGUCUCUUCUUCACAUUCACAGAGGAUCAUCGCCGCAUUCUGAAUGAGCUUGUUCGACACAAUCCUAAGCUCAUGUCCGGGACGUUCUCUCUCCUAGUUAAGAACCCGAAGGUGCUGGAGUUUGACAAUAAGCGCAAUUACUUCAACCGCAGCGUGCAUUCCAAAUCUGGCAACCAAGUGCGACCAUCGUUCCCUCCAUUGCAGCUGUCGGUUCGUCGUGAACAUGUCUUCCAUGACUCCUUCAAGUCGCUUUACUUCAAGUCCGGCGAUGAGAUGAAGUUCGGCAAACUCAAUAUCCGCUUCCAUGGCGAGGAAGGUGUUGAUGCCGGUGGCGUGACGAGAGAAUGGUUCCAAGUCCUUUCGAGGCAGAUGUUCGACCCUAACUACGCUCUCUUUAUUCCAGUCUCAUCAGAUCGUACAACUUUCCACCCGAACAAGCUCAGCGGUAUCAACGAUGAGCAUCUGAUGUUCUUUAAGUUCAUCGGCCGCAUCAUUGGCAAAGCCCUCUACGAAGGACGUGUUCUGGACUGUUACUUCAGCCGCGCAGUCUACAAACGCAUCCUGGGCAAGCAAGUGUCUGUGAAAGACAUGGAGUCCUUCGAUCCAGAUUACUACAAAUCUCUUGUCUGGAUGCUGGAGAACGACAUUACCGAUAUCAUCACGGAAACCUUCUCUGUCGAAGAUGACGAGUUCGGUGUUACUAAGAUCGUUGACCUAUGUGAGAACGGUCGCAAUAUACCCGUCACAGAGGAGAACAAGCACGAGUAUGUCCGACUCGUUGUCGACCAUAAGCUUCUGUCAUCGGUGAAGGAUCAGAUGGAGAACUUCUUGAAGGGUUUCCAUGACAUCAUACCCUCCGAACUCAUUGCAAUUUUCAAUGAGCAGGAGCUCGAGCUGCUGAUCUCUGGUCUUCCCGACAUUGAUGUUGAUGACUGGAAGAGCAACGCUGAGUACCACAAUUAUACAGCAGCGUCUCAACAGAUCCAGUGGUUCUGGCGUGCGGUUCGCUCGUUUGACAAGGAAGAGCGUGCCAAAUUACUUCAGUUCGUCACUGGAACAAGCAAGGUACCUCUGAACGGCUUCAAAGAGUUGGAGGGAAUGAAUGGCGUGAACCGAUUCAAUAUCCAUCGUGAUUAUGGCAACAAGGACCGCUUGCCCAGCUCUCAUACUUGCUUUAAUCAACUUGAUCUUCCUGAGUACGAGAGUUACGAUAUUCUCCGUGCUCAGCUUAUGAAGGCCAUUACGGCCGGAAGUGAUUACUUCGGAUUCGCAUAA